CAUAAAUCUAGCCGAGAAAACAGGCAUCAAAUCAUAAGCUUGUAGCUCCUUUGGCUCUUCCAUGCUUUAAAGUCUUACCGGGUAAGUACUAAUGAGACGGUUUACUAGAUUUUUGAGAAACUUUUGAUUUAUAAAUGUUGUCUUUGUAUAGCUCUGCACUCUUAAACUAUGGGUGCUUUCCAUCUGUCAGAACUGACCGGCCAGACAAUUCCCGUGGUAAUCUGAAUUUUCUUUUUAAUCAACACUGUCCAGCCAGAUCAGUUAAACUCUACAUAGCUUUGGCACGAAGGAGAAGGGUUUUCAGUAAAAACCUCUUGGAAAAAGCCUAUUUCAUCGUCAAAAUGACUGGUCCAGCCAUGGUCCAGCUACCGGCCAGUUCUGACUUUUGGAAGGCGCCCUAAAUAGCCCCGUUUACUUAACAUGAUGUUAUACUCGGAGUUUUUUUGUGCGGAUAGAAAAAAAAAAAGAAGAAAUAGAGGGUUGGGACCACGUCUGUGAACUAAUUCUCCUUUAUUUUCCUGUCAUAAUUGUUCAAAGGCAUUAGCGCCAACCCGGGGUUACAUUUUGAUUCGAGUUUGGGUUUCUUUUGUUCAAAAGCAGUGUGUUUACUGUAGAGGUAUAUAUUUUGUUUUAGUAAAGGUCUCCACCUUAAAACUAAAUGGCCCAGAUUUCGUUUACUUAAAAUGUUGAAUUUUGUCUGUUGUAUUUCUCUAUUCGUUUUAGAGCAUCCAAUCAUCAAAUUUUAAACAAAAAGAAUUCAACCGAAUUUGUUUUUUAAGCGUUCAUAUCUAAAGUCAAAUUUUGGACUAACCCUGGCAGUUAUAAAAACCCAGCUUUGAACAACCCCGGCCCUGCUGGAUAUCUGCCAUGCACUCAGUUUUUUUUAUUUAAUAGAGAGCACUGUAAAGUCUUGUGAGUCGUCCUUCACGUUCUUACAGUACACAAAUAUUUUAAGAUCUUUGCUAGUUAAAAUCAGAAAAUAUAAAACCUUUGAUCCAAGUCAGAUUCUAUUGUAACGAUGCAUACUUUGUUUUGUCUUUCAUCUUUUAAAAAAAUCGUUCUGUCGUCAAAGAGGACUAGAAGAUGAAUCUGUUGGGUAUUGUGGCUCUUAGUAUCCUAGCUGUGGGUUAUGCUACGGACUGGGAAGCAGGGUUGAAAGCUGAGGAUCUUGCCAUCCGAAGAUGGCGUAAAGGUGAUCUUACUCAAAGGUCUAGAGGCUACUUCCACAGGGAAAUUUUGAAGUUCAGUUGUGUUUUUAAAUUGCAAGAAAUGCAGCUAAAACUAAUAUAAUUCUUUAGCUAUUUCAUUACCUCAAUAGCUCGAAAAGUCGAAAAGCUAGCGCUCAUGUGAAUUGGAAAUUCAUCGGUGGAAAGAUACUGAAAUUGGCCGUUCUCAGGGGUAUUUAAGAUGGCAUAAACCUCCUGCGUUGGUGGAAUUUGUCUUCCGACUCCUUCGACGAGUAUUGGCCUCGUUGUCGCGGCUCGGCCACUCAAAUGAGUUUCAGCCAUAAAUAGUCAGAAUCACAACAUAGCAUGUUUAAUUUUCUAAAAGACGUUUUCAUGUCCAUUGAGAGCAAGGUAAUAUAUUCUCGUCAGAUCUGACGUGGCAUGGUGACGUUAACUACUUCCUAGUAUAUUCCAAUAAGUUUAAUUUGAGGAGGAAGAAAAAAAAGAUUCAAGUAAAUGAAGACAAUCCCCUAUCAAGAUUUACAGUCACUGAUAAAAUAUUCAUUCAUCUACUCUUUUUUGUCAAAUUUAAUCAGUGCGGAUUCUUUGCUCAAAAUUGGGCGUCUCCCAAAAUCGGUUCUUUGCGCGAUGUUUAUCUGAAAUUUUAGCAACACUCGUCUUGAAAAAAAUUAAAUGAGCUAUUUCAACGGAAAAAUAGAAACAAAUGGAUGAGAAUCAGUCAUGUCAGUUAGGAAAAUUUAAUCACAGACAUUUACCAAAAGGUGACAUGAGUAAUAAAUAACUGAAGUAGUGGGUUCUUUCUCCUAGAAGAGUGGUAAAAAACCGAAGAAAAAUAUAGGUAACAUAUAACAACCCAAUCCACUACUCACCAACCCCCACCCAGGUUCCUUCCUCCAAAUUGUAUGUGGGAGGUAUAAGUUACCAAUUUACUUUUACAGGCAUACGCAAUUCCUGUGUGAGACUCAACGAAGGGGCUAAGUGUAUCAAAAUAGGUAAACCCUGCCCACCCGGAACUGAAGGGUGCUGUGACAAGUUCUCUUGCUGGAAGAGAAACACGAGAUGCUGCUGCCCGAAACCUGAGACGACGGCUAACCCGACGACUGUGCCGACGACUGCCGAGCCGACACUUGAGCCGACGACUGUGUUACGUUCAGGUAGAUUAAUGCCCAGUUCUAUAGAGCGUUUUCACGUGACGUCACGGCGGCCAUAUUGGUGUUCCAAAACAAUGAAAAGGCGCCAUGUUGGUGUUCCAAACCAGUCCGGUGGGAGUUGAACUCUUUUCUUAUGUAAAAACUUUCCUUUGUUCCAAUAAAUUAGCAAAGAUGCUGACCACGUCAGUGAAAACACUCUACAUCACUUGUUGUUCUUGAGCUUCUGAAUAAUUAUGUUAGACCAACAUCAGAAUGGGAUACGUGUAGUGUACUAAAAAAUUCCAAAUGCGAAUUUUUAAAAUGAAAAGCAUCUCAAUUAAGGAGACAAUAAAGGAAUAUACUGGCAUAAUGAUUGCUUUAAAAAAAUAUAAGAAAGUAGAUUAAAGCCUGGUUCCUUUACAGAUUUUUCAAAUUAUAUAAUGGGGAGUGGUCUAUUGUAAAGUGUUUUUGACGGAUCCUAACAACAUAGUAUCAUAUAUUGAUUCUCAGCCAAGAGCGUUGUUCAUGCUUUAUUUUUCGAUGCUCCUACUGCAUCCAGGAUAGACUCAUGCGAUUGCACUUUCUUUGGUCUUCCGUAGUAGAAAUUGACCAUACUCGACCUCAAAAGAUCUCAACAUAAAAUCAACGUUAUCACCCUCACUCUAAUCUCACAGUGAGAACGUUCUCCACUAGUUCCUGGUUAGUAGCAAAGAAAUUAUUCUUUUAGCUCAAUUUAUCAUCUCGUUCUCAAACGAAGUAAUUGGUGAUUUGUAUCUUUUGUUCCCACAAUUAAGACUGUCACGUUGUAUAUGACUUCGAAGACCAAGAUUUAUCAACGUGGAAUUUGACCGGAGAUGCAUUCAAUAAUCAGCCAACAUACGGUGAUAACCCUCACGCAAGAGAGGAGGGCCGACAUUCCAACCACCAAGGGGAUUAUUGGAUUGGUACCUUCGAGAAUCGGCCCGGUCCCAACUAUCCGGCUGGCGGAAUGCAAGGUGAAGGUCCUCAAGGCACAAUGACGUCACCCAGUUUUCUGCUUUAUGCAAAAUACCUCAAGUUCCUGAUUGGUGCAGGUUGCGUUGAGGCUGAUACUCCGGUUCACGCUCAGCUUCUUAUUGAUGGACAAGUGGUUCUGGAGGAGACACCUAAAUCGUGCAUCGAUAAAAUGACAGAGAAAACAUGGAACAUCGCGACAUAUCUGGGUAAAAACGCCCAGUUUCGUUUGGUUGACAAUUCCUCAGCGUUCUGGGGUCACAUCAAUUUUGAUAACCUUCGACAAUGCCAGCGUAUGCUUAUCAGGUAA